AUGGCAGGUCCAUUUCAUACCUACGGCCCAAACUGCUUGCUGGCGGAUGAAGAGCCAGAGUUCACAAGCUUGUAUUCGCUUUCUGCCCCGCCAGAGCUUCGAUCUCAGUUCUUCUACGUCUCAUCCCUACCAAUCGACGAUCCGUUGGCUCCGCUUCCCGCCGCUAGUGGGCAAGCAUCGGGGAAUGAAAGAGCUCCCCCACAGCCAUUCUCGGCAAGGGAUAACCUCGCCUUGGAGGCGGCUUGGUCAGAUCUACGGGAAGCUCAAAGGAGGAGAUCUGGUUCCAGUGGAACCCGUCUGGAGACAUCCAAGGGACGUGCGGGGAUAGCCGUACCAGGCCACGAAGCAGCUUUCGAGCGAACUCGCCGUCGCAAGACGAUUACUCAAGGAGAAUCCAGUUUGGCUAGCAGCAGAGGUACCCCAAGUAAUCCGACCUCGGUGCCAGAUGAGACUCCAGGAUCAUCUAGCAUUAACGCUAGUCACCGGAAAAGAGUAUUCUCUUCAUCUGUGAACGAACCAACUUCAGCGAAGAGACGUAGUCUCUCCCCGCCUGAGGAUGAUUUGGAGAGACAAGAGAUUGCGGGCAGUCUGCAGGCACCUUCCUCUCGUGAUGCGAGUAUGAGCGGCUCCCCUUUUAUUCGGGCGCCAGAGUCUCACCCAGACACCCCUCUUGGUCGUUCAUUCGAGUCCGAUGGGGCGGGAUGGCAGGCAGAGUUGCGCAGCAAUGCUCCACAUCACUCUUCCAAGCCCUCGGGGCUUCGAGCGACUGUUCGUCUAGACGAUACGGCAUCGGAGGACGCCACGCAGACAGAAGAUUUGAAAGAACUCCAGAAAAAGAUUCCAGUGGGCGCGUCGCGUCUCCACUUGGUUGAGUUGCCAAACUUGAAGAUGAAACCAAUCUAUUGGAGCCCGCUGCAUGAUGUGUCAGCUGUGGUCAGGGCAACGUGGUUCUACAAGAACACCAUGCUCCCAGUGGAGACACCAGUGGCGAAUCAACUGGAAAAGGGAUACGCCUACUUGAAACCAUGGACCGAGACAUGGCAGGAUGAGCUUAACAGUUGCGUAGAGAAUGGUCCUGACGCAGAAAUCAGAAUCGCGCACGAAUUGUGGCCGAAGAAUGAUGCAGAAUCAGCUAAUGCACCUGAAAUCGCAAAUACCCAGCAGGAUGAUGAUAAUCUAUCGUUGGAUAAAAACCAGGCUUCCGGGGCAACAGCAGCUCAUCCUGAUGGCACGAAGCCAUACCUCACUUCUAGCGCCAUUUAUGUCGAUGCAAGAAAUGCGCAGAUUCUCCGACCGAGCUUACUGCCAUCUGCAUCCAGGGGAAGAAAGCCACUCAGUGCGAUUCGCAAAGGACGUCAGAUUGGGAUACCCGUAGUUCGUGGAUUCAGUCGCAAAUUGUGGGAUGAGUUACAUCCAUCCAAAGCCAACGCCGUGGAUGUACGGAAUUAUAUUCGACGAAAUCCCUCUCAAAAUCCAAGACCAGUCCCGGGUGAACAAAUAUGUUACGCUUGCAAGAUGGAAGAGCUGCGCCCGGCCCCAACCGACUUAGUAUUUGUCAUACAUGGUAUUGGUCAAAAACUGUCGGAGCGAAUGGAAAGCUUCCACUUUACACAUGCGAUCAAUGCAUUCCGUCGCCAAGUGAACACAGAACUUCACAGCGAGCCAGUCUGGCCCCAUGUACGCCAGGGCCAUGGGGGGAUCAUGGUUCUACCCGUAAACUGGCGCACGACAUUGUCUUUAGAUGACCCCUCCCUGGAGCCAGCGGAUAUGGAGGACCCUUUUGCGAAUGACUAUUCCCUUGCAGACAUAACCCCGCAAACACUUCCCGCUGUCCGGUCUCUGAUCAGUGAUGUUAUGCUCGACAUCCCUUACUAUUUGUCGCAUCAUAAGCCGAAGAUGAUCAAGGCAGUUGUCCGGGAAGCCAAUCGCAUCUAUCGUCUCUGGUGUAAGAAUAAUCCCGGUUUCCAGGAUGAAGGCCGCGUGCAUCUCCUUGCGCAUUCUUUAGGGAGUGUCAUGGCCCUCGAUAUUCUAAGCCACCAGCCAACAAAUGUUCCUCGGUUCAACUUUCUUGAUACCCCUCUGCAUAGCGAUAUAUUUGAAUUCGAUACUGCCAAUCUGUUUCUUUGCGGAAGCCCCGUCGGCUUCUUCUUAUUACUCAAUAAAGCGAACCUCCUCCCUCGGAAGGGCAGAGAAAAACCGGGUAGUGAAGGUGAAGACCGACUUCGUGGCGUGGCAGGUGAACCCGGCACGUACGGCUGUCUCGCCGUCGACAACCUGUACAACAUCAUGCAUACAACGGACCCAAUUGCCUACCGUGUCAACGCUGCCGUGGACAACGACCUCUCCAAUUCCCUCAAAAUAGCAUCAAUCCCCAGCUCAACAUCUAGCUUCUGGGGAUCGUUUGGCGGUGUUUUCCGCUGGAACGCCUCGACUAAUUUUCUUCCUUUAGCACACCCUGUCCGUCCUGCCACGAUCUCUAAGCUGCCUUCGACUGUCGAGAUGGAAACGCAUGAUUUCACCCGGGAAGAGAUCGCCGAGAAACGUAUGCUCCUUCUCAACGAUAAUGGGCAGAUAGAUUACUAUCUAUCUGGCGGGGGUGGCCCACUCAAUAUCCAGUAUCUGAAUAUGUUGAGUGCGCACAGCAGCUAUUGGACGUUGACGGACUUUGUGCGGUUUUUUGUGGUGGAGAUUGCUAGAAAGCAGGGGAGAGAGGGAACUUUGGUUGGUUUGCGAGCGGAGAAGAAGAAGGGGUACAAGAUCACGAAGGGCUAG